UGUUUUUAAUAGACCCGAUUGGUGUGCGACUCUUGGCCGAUUCGACGCCGAAGUUCCCUUCACCGAACAACAACCUCACAAUUUUAUUGGAGAAGAGCUGAGUUUACUGUUAAAAUCUCACAGAGGAAAAAUUAGUUUUAAAAACUACGUCGCAGAGAGAGGGUCCGCGCUGCGGUGCUGUGUACCCCGGAAUUUUUCUUUCAUAUAAAAUACAAUAUAAAAUCUUCUUGUGUGUCUCGCGGGGGAUUAUAUUUGUUUUUGGACAUAGAGCGUCCAGAUCAUUGCAUUUUUCUUAAGAACGUCUUUGGUGGUGCCGCGGAUGGGAUUGUAAUUUUUUGUUUGUUUGUCGCAAUGCGAAUAGUUUCUUAAAUGCUAGACAGAAUGGGUGAUUUAGAUAAAUGCAUUAUCGAGGAAUACGCAAAAUGUCGAGCAUUCUACGAUAAGAGCCAUCCCAAUUUCAAAGACAGAGUCCACACUGAGAAGGCAUGGAUGGAGAUUGCGGCAAAACUUGGCUACAAUGCCAACCUCCUGAAGGAGCGUAUGUAUCAAUUGCGGAAUCGAUACAAUCUGGAGAAGCGCAAAUUGGAGACGAUGCGCCAGGAGGGUGAGGAACCACGGUGCACAUGGGCACUAUAUAAUCUUAUGACCUUCCUGGAUGGGCACAUCCGCCCCAGGAAAUCCUACAAAGCCAUGAUGCGUCGCAAUCAGCAGCGGCAGGGUAAUCAUCUACCCAACAUAGCGCGACAGCAUCAGCAAUACAUUGAUAGCAUAGCUGGCGGUUCUGAGUGCAGUCUAUUUGAAUUGCAACGACAGCAGCAGGAGAACUACCAAAAGAUGGUCGAGGGACCGAGUGAUGUCAAAGCCGAAUACAUCUAUGACUCUGACGAAGUAGAAGAGGAAGACGCUGCAAAUCAACAAUCACCGAAUGGAGUGGAGAAUUUUAUAAAUCCCACCGUUGUGCUAGGUGCGGACGAUUCAAAAGACGAUGCCGCGGAGAAUAGUGAGCAGAAACAGAGUGCCAAUGUAUCGGAAUUAUCGCAACCGCAAGCAAGCACCAGCCAACCAUCAACCCCCUACAUAAAUGUACGCAAUGUAGACGGACUGAAACGCAAGCACAGCGAAAUAUCUGGCCACCACCAUGAUCAGAUGUAUCUGCAGAAUCAACUGCUGAAUCGGCACAAUUUUGAGAGACGCGCCGACAAAUUCAACGCCUUCGGACACUUCAUGGCGACAUCAUUGGCCGAAAUGCCGGAACAUAGGGCCCUGGAAUUGGUGGCCAAGUUCACGAUUCAGCUAGUGAAUGCACUGGGUGAGAAACACUGAGAUUUGUCUCCGUAGCAUCAUGUGUGUGUUGACUUCCACAUAAUGGCAGGGAGAAUUUAUUAUUAAAUAUGCAAAAAAAAAUGCCACAGUGGCCAAACGGAGGCCCCCAUAAUACAGUAUUUUACUUCGCGCAUCAACCUUAAUUUAGUGUCCAUGUUCUUUUUUUAUAAUGUACAUUAUACCUCAUGAAGAAAAUUUAAUAAAUCCUCAAGUAUAAAUUUCAA